AUGAUACUGCCAAGCCGAGCCUCACGAGUAAGGGCAGAGGCGGCUUUGUUAGAAGCCGUGGCGGAAGACGACCCUACAAAGGUGUCAAGCGCUUUGGGCCUGACUCAUAAAUAUGCAGGAGAACUUCUUGCCUUGAAGGUGAAGGCAACUUACAACAAUGCCUCUGAUGGCAGUGCAUUCUUUCACUCAAUUGCCAGCUAUGGCUUGCAAUUUCAAUUGGGAGAGAACAUCACUGAAUUGGCCAAGAGGAAUGGGAUGACAGAGGCCUUAAAGAUCCUGGAAACGGUCGAGAAGCGGCUCGUCCCGCUAACCGUGCCGCUGGGUAGGCCCCUUGAGACAGAGGCUCUUCUCCUGAAGGCCAUCAGUGCAGACGACGGGGCAGAGAUCACGAAGCUCGCCUCAUCUGUGAAUGCACGGCAAGUUUCGCGAAUUCUUUCGCUGAAGGUGAAAGAUAGCUACAAUGAUGCGAACGAUUCUACGGCCUUUUACCACUCAGUGGCAUCACAUAGUCUCAAGUUUCAAUUGGGUGACACCUUGCUUGACUUGGCAGUAAGAAAUGAAAAGCCUUCAGCAGUUGAAAGUCUCAAGAAACUGCUGGGGUAUGAGGUGAGCAGCGAGAUGCAACAGAGCACUAAAGAGAGCUCUAAAGAGAGCUCGAAAGUUAUCAAAGCUUUCGUGAGAAAUGCCAUGAGCGGCGAGGAGCUCUGCCAGAUCAGCGCUGAAAGCUCUUGGACCAUUGCCCGUUUGGCCGAGGAAGUCGCAAGAGUCGCUCCCGCUGCUGGCGGUUGUCGGAUCUUUCUCCUUGGAGAGUCAGCCGUGAUGGCAGGCACUACCUUGGCAGAUUUGACAGAGGGAGACACCUUGGAAUUGUCUUCUUUGGUGAGAGAAAACGUUUCAGGCGUCUAUUUCACGACCAUCGCAGGUGACGGCGGUCUUGAUGACCCAUUAGGGCCAUUGGGAGGGCCGGGAGGGCGGCUCCUUCCCGGUGGGAGACGGCCGAAGCCAGCUGAACUGCGGCUGGAGCUCUGUGAGGAUGGCACCGCGUUGGUGGAGUAUUCGGCGAAACCCAUUGACCGUGGGCACUGUGCCCCUCCUUCAGGAGGACACUUCGUCAGUGCUUCUGGGACUUGGACAUUUGCGGCGCCAGGGGUGAAAGUCGACUUGACGAAGGGCUUCCAUGGCCACUUCAUUCGGAUGAUUCCAACCCGAGCAUCGAAGUGGGAGCAGGAACAGUCCAUAAGCCUUGCCAUGGCCAAGGAGGACCAAUUUGACGUGGUGGAUGUAGUAUGCCGGAGUUCCCGCAGUUCACCGGAAACGGUGUCUUUGAGGUCGCCCCAUGUCCUAUGCCCCAAGGGAGCUGCAUUUGUCAAGACUGAGGGCAGGCGCCGUUUGUUGAAGAAUUUCCGGAUGGAUGAGGAAUUCGAUUAA